CGGUCGCCAGCCCCAGCUUACCUCUCGUCCAGGGACAUGCCGGGCACGCCAGGCGCCGCGGCCACCCAGGAUGGAGAGGCCCCCGGGCGCUCCCCGCCCUGCAGUCAGAGCUACGAUCUCACGGGCAAGGUGAUGCUUCUGGGAGACUCAGGCGUCGGCAAAAGCUGUUUCCUACUCCGAUUCAAAGACGGGGCCUUCCUGUCCGGGACCUUCAUAGCCACCGUCGGCAUAGACUUCAGGAACAAGGUGGUGACCGUGGAUGGUGUGAGGGUGAAGCUGCAGAUCUGGGACACCGCGGGGCAGGAGCGCUUCCGCAGUGUCACGCAUGCCUAUUACCGAGAUGCCCAGGCCCUGCUCCUGCUGUAUGACAUCACCAACAAAUCAUCCUUCGACAACAUCCGGGCCUGGCUCACUGAGAUUCACGAGUAUGCGCAGAGGGAUGUGGUGAUCAUGUUGCUAGGCAACAAGGCGGAUGUGAACAGCGAAAGGGUGAUCCGUUCAGAGGACGGGGAGACUCUGGCCAGGGAGUACGGAGUUCCCUUCAUGGAGACCAGCGCCAAGACGGGCAUGAACGUGGAGCUAGCCUUUCUGGCCAUUGCCAAGGAGCUGAAAUACCGGGCCAGGGGGCAGGCCGAUGAGCCCAGCUUCCAGAUCCGAGACUAUGUGGAGUCUCAGAAGAAACGGUCUAGCUGCUGCUCCUUCGUGUGACCAAGGGGCUCGGCGGAGGCUCCACAGGCCCAGAGGAUACAGCCAUCUCCCCCAACCUAGUCUAUUCCCAAGUGGCUGAGCCAGUGGGGGGAGAGCUGGGGACCUGGUGCACAGCCCCUUCCAAGAGGGAGCUGUCCUCCAGCUUCUACCCUAGUUACUGUAGCUUCCCUGCAUCCUGGGAGGGUAAACUAUUUACAUUUCAUUUUAAUGUUACAUAAUUUAAUACCAAAAAAGGGCACCAGGGUCCCCAGAAGACGGGCAGCAACCUGGUGGCCCUGUUGUCCUUCAGUAUUAGGACUUCUUACGUGGCUGGGCCUGCCUUCUGGCCACAACAAGGAAGGCAUUGCUCCAGCCAGCACCAGGGGGUACUGGUGCACUUCUGCCUGGUAACCUGAGGCGUGAGGGCUGGUAGUGACCCUGUUACUACUUUAGCUGGAAAGAGGCUGAGCAGACCCCAGCCGUCAUUUCUUCCAGCUCGCCAGGGAACAAUCUUCCCCAAUAAGACAGGCCCUUGUGCUGGAGGCCUUAGGGGAGAUAAGAGAUGUGGCUGUGGGAAGGGGCCCAGUGCCCUGGGAGGGAGAAAGAGGAGCAGCAGAGCCCAGGGUCUGUUUGGCUACCUUCAGGCCUUACUAACCGCCUUCCGGGAGACAUGUCCCUUUUCCUCCAGCAUACAAGCGCACGGGGGCACCUGGGAACAUUUGGUUCCUCUUCUCUGGAACUCAGAUCCCAAGGAAGCGCCUCCUUCCUGAACCCCUGAUCUUAUUCACCUUUCUACCUGAGCCCCUUAGACACCUAAGAUCAGAGCUGGGAAAAAGAUUUUCUUUUUGUCCCAAAUCCUUGGCAGUACACAACCCCACAGGCCACUUUUCAAACAGCUGUAGCACUUCUACUGGGUUAGGAUCUGCAUAAAGAGAAACCCCUGGUUUCUGCAGCAGGUGGGAGGCAUAACUGAGCAACCCUCUCCCCACCUGUAUCCCCCUAACCCAAGCUCUGCCUCCUCCCUGACCCCACCCCACCCCAGACCCUUUUCUUCUCAAACACCAGGGCCAAAACUGCUUUAUCUCCCUCCUACUGAGCCAGGUAAAUUAAUGCAACGUGUGGGUAUAUAUAAUGAAAAAUGAGGACAGGCGGAUAUGUCUGAGGUGAAGACGAGGGUCAGCAAGGGGUUUCUGUGGGGCCAGGGUCACACAUUUCCCAAAGCCCUGGCCCAGCGGUUGGAAGUGGACAGGAGAGGCACCUUUACCCCAGCUCGGAGAGGGUUGAGGAAGAGAAAUGUGCUGCCCAUUCAUGAGGACAACUGCAUUUGCUUUCAAGGCAGAAAUCUUGCUCUCUGAGCAGAGUCAGCAGCUCCCACUUGGGCCUGAUAAGGAAGCUCUUGGGGGCCUCUCCCAGCCAGAGCAGGGAGGAGCCUGACCUUGCCAGGCUCUGGGGACCCCAGGCAGGUCACAUGCCAUUCUAUCACGUGGGCUGCUCUGGGUCUGUAGCAUUUGUGUUCUUCAGAAUUAAAUUGCAGUAUUUUGAAAAGUACGCCCCCUGCUUCUUUGAGAUGUGUCGGGGGC